CAAUCAAGUCAGAUCUCACUGUCUUAUAACUUUCUCUCUUUUUCCUGCGAUCCAAACAUUUAUUAGUCAUCGUAUUAUUCAAAUGGCUCGUACCAAGCAAACAGCCAGAAAGUCUACCGGAGGCAAGGCCCCUCGCAAGCAACUGGCUACCAAGGCUGCUCGUAAGUCCGCCCCCGCCACCGGAGGAGUUAAGAAGCCCCACCGUUUCAGGCCCGGAACUGUCGCCCUCAGAGAAAUCAGGAAGUACCAGAAGAGCACGGAGCUGCUCAUCAGAAAGCUGCCGUUCCAGAGGCUGGUGAGAGAAAUCGCUCAGGAUUUCAAGACCGAUCUGAGGUUCCAAAGCAGCGCCGUCGCCGCUCUUCAGGAGGCCGCGGAGGCUUAUCUUGUCGGACUUUUUGAGGACACAAACCUCUGCGCUAUUCACGCCAAGAGAGUCACCAUCAUGCCUAAGGAUAUCCAGCUUGCCAGGAGGAUUAGAGGAGAGAGGCACGCUAAGCAUCAUCCUUCAUCUCAUCUCCCUCACAAUCUACUUCUACUCUUUCCAGUUCUCACUUUCUCGCAAACAAAGCACUUAAUCGUCCUGUAUUCUUUAUUCGAUAUGGCUCGUACGAAGCAGACAGCCAGAAAGUCUACAGGAGGAAAAGCUCCUCGCAAGCAGUUGGCCACCAAGGCUGCCCGUAAAUCAGCCCCCGCCACCGGAGGAGUGAAGAAGCCCCACCGUUUCAGGCCAGGGACGGUCGCUUUGAGAGAGAUCAGGAAGUACCAGAAGAGCACGGAGCUGCUCAUAAGAAAGCUUCCGUUUCAGAGGCUUGUGAGAGAAAUCGCUCAGGAUUUCAAGACCGAUCUCAGAUUCCAAAGCAGCGCGGUCGCCGCUCUCCAGGAGGCCGCUGAGGCUUAUCUUGUUGGUCUCUUUGAGGACACCAACCUCUGCGCCAUUCACGCUAAGAGAGUCACCAUCAUGCCUAAGGAUAUUCAGCUUGCAAGGAGGAUUAGAGGGGAGAGGGCUUAAAUUAUUGUAUUCGCGGCGAUCUUUUCUGUGAAAUGUAAUCGAUCUAUUGCUUAUGGUUAUUUGCUGUAAAAUAUUUGUUCCCGUAGGUUCUUGUGCUUUGGGUGCUCGAGCGAUUUAGGGGAAUCAGAUGAAAGUGUAUGGAAACCUAAUUGCCAAUUGGACUUUCUCUUGCAUGAUCUAUUGAUUCA